UUUAGUAUGUUUUUAUAUUUUCUUAACUCUCCUUCAAAUCUAUAAAAAUUCAAUUUGAGAAUAUCUAUUGAUGGUGUAAUUUAUCGACCGGUAUACCGUUUUUAGCCUGGCUAAAACGAUAAACUAGUCUAAAAAUACACCAAAAUAUAAACACGGGGAUUUUGACGUGGAAACCCAAAUCGGGAGAAAACCACGGGCCUUUUUUGGCGGUACCUUGCCAACGGGGGAUUUUUAUUAAUAUCGGGGGUGUAUACACGGGCCUGAAGAAUAGGGCGUCCCCGAUAAGGGCUCAGCUGAGCCACCGGUGUACCCAAUUCGAUUGGGGUCAGACUUACGAGAAAAUAUGUGCAAGACCGGUGUGUAUAUCAUUCUUGGCCUGUCUCGCGCACAAGAAUGAUAUUUACAAGCGUGCCAGGCCGGGCCUGUGUCACAUAUUUUAAUAUUUUUUAUUAUACUGAGCAAGACCGCUGCGAUCGCCACCCAGGUGAGAAGUUAUCCGGGUUCUGCUCAGAUUGCCUCUGCGAACGCCUCACCACUUUAGACCAAUCCUCAUCUAGCAACAAUCUUACAACCUCCUCCUCCUCCGUUACAGGUGCCAUCAAAUCCCUAUUCACCAAGCCCUCGUCUUCUUCCUCUUCUUCUUACCUCCGCCGUACCAAGUCACUCUCCGCUUCAAAGAAUGACCCUUUUAGCUCGUCCGCAGCCACAGGUUUUGAGCCCCAACGCAGGUCCAGUGACGUCAGGUCACGUAAUACAAUCAUCUCUUUAGACGAGCAAAUCCAUCUUAACGGAUCCCAAAACCGUCAUUCAAAAGGCAUUGCUGAUACUGUUGCCAGUAAGCCCGUUCUAGAGUUCAUAGAAGCAGAAGAAAGCGACGACCCUGAUAACAAUCAAUACUUGACUUUACAUACAAGUGCAGCUGAUAUAAUUGAAGAAGUCACUGAUCUUCAAGAACCCCAUGUUGGAAGGCCUGUGAAAGGAGCGGUCAAUUUGGAGAUUGUUGGAAAAAAUAGGGUUAAGGGUAAUAUAUCGAAGCCUAUGAAGGAUCAUAUUGAUCUUGAUUCACAGAUGGAAAAGUCUUCGUCCCGACUUGCAGGGGGCAUAUUGUCAACUGCUGUUUUGAGCAAGAAAUGGCAGAAAUGGAGAAAAAAGCAGAAGAUGAAGAAGAAACAAGACACUGCCGAAAGUUCUUCUCUUUCUGUUGAGACGCCUCCUGUGUCUAUGAUGAAACACAUAGAGAUCCAACCGGAGACAGCAGAAUAUGGAUUAGGAAGGAGAUCUUGUGACAGCGACCCCCGAUUUUCACUGGAUUUUGCUAGGAUUAGCUUUGAUGGCCCAAGAUACUCCCUUGAUGAGCCACGUGCUUCUUUGGAUGGGCAUUUGAUUGGGAGAACAUUCCCCAGGACGGCACCUAUGGUUUCAGUGGUAGAGGAUGCUCCAGGGGUGGCUGUUCCGCAGUCCGAUACUCAAAUCCCUGCUGUGGACUCUGCUGUUAUGAUGAAGUCCGCCAGUGACGAUGCAAUUCUUCCUGGUGGUUCCACUCAAACUAGGGACUACUAUUUGGAUUCUUCCACGAGGAGGCGAAAGAGUCUUGAUAGGUCUAACUCUAUCAGGAAGACCGCAGCAGCUGUGGUAGCUGAAAUUGAUGAGAUGAAAGCAGCUUCCAGUGCUAAGGCUUUGCUUAAAUCAGAUUCGGUUAACAGGGCGAAGACGUUGGCUUUUGACAAGGAUUCAGCUUCAUAUUCCAAUUCUUUGAGGGACGAUUGCUCUGAGACUUUAGAGUUGACUAGUUUGAAAGAUAGUGCUGAGAGAAAGGGCAUGAAGAAGUCAAAGAAGUGGGCAUGGAAUAUUUUUGGUUUUCUAUAUCGGCGAGGUGGUGGGAGCAAGGAUGAAGAUGAUGAUGGUAGGUGUAAGAGAGCAGAAGUUUCCUUUUCAAAAGACCCAGCAGGAAGGGAUGCUAGAGGGGUGCUUAACAGGAAGCUGUAUCGAAGUAGUAGUAGUGUGAGCUGGAGAAAUUCGAGCACUGGUUUGGGAUCAUUUGAGCCUGCUAGAAAAUCUAGUGCUGAAAUGAAUGGGCAUGGAAAAGAGAGGAGGAAUGAAAAUGUUGUGUUGGGAAGGAAUCUGACUGGGUGUUACUUCAGUAACCGCAUCGAUAAUGGAUUGCCGGUUUUCACUUGACAUGGGUGUGGGAGAGGGAUAAGCAGCAUAAAUGGAGCUCACGCAAAUGCCAAUUUGCAAGUAGCACUUAAUUUUUUAUAGUGGGAUCCACGCUAAGGUCUUUUAGUUUGUUUUUUUUACAGUAUUCCGUUUUGUGGAGUAGUUUAUGUGGUUACUAAUUAAGCAUUCAUACACAUGUUUUCCUCAUCACACUGCAAUGCAUCUUCUACGUUUU